UCCAGUGCAGGCUACAGCCUGCCCUCGUCCUGGCCAUCCCCCCAGGACUCCCAGCGCCGGCCCCCCAGAGGCCCUGCCCACCUCCACCUCGGGGCGUGGGUCACCAGCGGCUGGAAGUCCUCUGACCUCAUCCUUCCAGACAACACCCCCAGCUCCCCGGCCCCCCACCCACUGUCCCUGUGCUUUCCUGUUUUUCCCUUUGAACAAAACUGGCGGAAACAGAUGCAGUGGCAGGGACUAGUGGGCCUGAGACCCGACCCGCUCACUCGGCCCCAGGGCCACCCCCGGCCUCUGAGGCUCCGAGCCUGCCCCUGGAGCUCUCAGAGGCCCUCCUGCUGCGGCACCUCCGCGUGAGUCGGUGCUAGGGAAGCAGGAGGUGAGGACCCCGCCUCCCCUGGAAGAACCGUAAAAAUGAGCGCAGAUGCCUGGGCUGGGCCUGCAGGGCCCUGCCCUGUCCUCAGUGGGGACCCGUUGGCCCCAUUUCUCGGCCCCAGCCCCCAGGUGACUAGGACCCAGGACUAACCAGGACUGGAGCCGCUCCCUGGCCCGCGGGUGGUAGGGUGCAUGACCAGUGCUGGCAGUGGUUCCCCUCUAGGGCAGGCUGGCCUGAAGCCCCAGGCCCUCCUGCCCUCCUGGGCCCUGGGCCCGGGCCCUGUUCUCUGGGGCUCAGCUGCCUGGUCAAGGUGUCUGAGCUCUUGCAUGGGUCAGCACAUGGUAACCCCAUCCCACCAGCUGGCCGCCCCUGGACAGCAGCCAGCGAGGCCUGUGAUUUACCAGGGUGGGGGUGGGGAAGGAAGUUGAGGCCCCUGCAAUCCCGGCUUGGGGGCUGGAUGGGAGACAGCGCCCCCAGCUCCUGCAGGGCUCUGGGACUCUCCCACCCUAAGAUUCUACCCGUCAGCUGGCGGAACGUGGCAGAGGGGCUGAGUCCUCCGUAGAGGCAGUUCCCGGCCCAGCCCAGACUUCCGGGACAGAGCCUGUGGCAGCAGGGCCGGGGCUGCAUGUCUUGGUUACCUGUUCUUUAUCGUGGUAAAUUACACAUCACAUAAAUUGAGCAUCUUAACCCUUUUUAAGUGCACGGUUCAGGGACAUUAAGCACAGUCACAUUGUUGUGCGGCCGUCACCAUCCGUCGUCUCUAGAACCCGUCUCAUCAUCUUCCCAAACAAACUCCAUCCCCUUUAGACACUCACUCCCCAUCCUCCCCAGCCCCUGGCCCCCAGCCCUUCCUGUCUCUGUGGGUCUGACUCGAGGCCCUCGCAUGGGUGGAAUCACAGGAUCUGUCUCGUGUCUGGCUCAUUUCACUGGACGUGAUGUUCUCCUGUCCUAGGGGCUCACUCGCCCAUGGGUGACAGGACCCACAGGGGCCAGGGCAGGGACUGCUGUAGCCUGGGUCGGGAUUUCUCUGCCUUUUCGUGGCUGUAUAAUAUUCUGUGGUGUGGACGGACCACAUUUGGUUUAUCUACUCAUCUGUCAAUGGACAAGCGGGCUGUAUCCACCCUUUGGCUUCUGUGAUCGUGGGUGGGUGAGGCCGUGUCUCUUAAAGGCUCUCAGGGUGACCGUGCCUCCAGCCCCGCGGCCCCUGCUGGCCCGGGUCCAGCCCGAAAUCUCCACCACCCAGGGGGACAGUGCGCGGGGGUGUGGGUGCUCUUCCAGCCUGACCUUGUGCAGAGGUUACAUGUCACUAUGAAAUGCGGGCAGGACAGGAGAGAAAAUUGUUCGAAAUCUCUUUAUUCAGCAAAAUAACGAGCGUCUACCCCAGAUCUCCCUCAUUUUGGAAUUUAUUUUUACCUGCCCAUGAGAUUUAAAGGUCUGGGAGACACCAGGCCCCGGCCCCACCCACAGGCCGGCUCCCGGGCCUCAGGGUCAAGUACGUCUUCCUGGUCUGGCUGGGCGUCUUCGCGGGCAGCUGGCUGGCCUACGUUCACUACUCGUCCUACGCUGAGCUCUGCCGCGGGCAUAUCUGCCAGGUGGUCAUCGCCCUCUCCACCAAGGGCCUGGGCACCAUGGCUACGUGAUGCGCAUCCAGGAAUUCACCCCCCCACUCGAUCCAGAUGCCACGACUCCCCCCCACCCCCCGCAGGGACGGGCCUGACUCCAUCCCCUCCGGCCUCACCUGCUCAGUGUGACCAGUACCGCAAGGGCAUCAUCUCAGGCUCCAUCUGCCAGGACCUGUGCCAUCUGCACCAGGUGGAGUGGAGGACCUGCCUCUCCUCUGUCCCGGGCCAGCAGGUGUACAGCGGGCUCUGGCAGGGCAAGGAGGUGACCAUCAAGUGUGGCAUCGAGCAGAGCCUGGACUCGAAGGCGGGGGCAGACGCGGCCCCCCGGCGGGAGCUGGUCCUCUUUGACAAGCCCACCCGCGGCACCUCGAUUAAGGAGUUCCAGGAGAUGACCCUCAGCUUUCUCAAGGCAAACCUGGGAGACCUGCCCUCUCUGCCCGCGCUGGCCGGACAGGUCCUGCUCAUGGCCGACUUCAACAAGGACCACAGGGUGUCCCUGGCCGAGGCCAAGUCAGUGUGGGCCCUGCUGCAGCGGAACGAGUUCUUGCUGCUGCUGUCCCUGCAGGAGAAGGAGCACGCCUCCCGGCUGCUGGGCUACUGCGGGGACCUGUACCUCACCGAGGGGGUCCCGCACAGCUCCUGGCCCGGGGCCGUGCUCCCGCCCCUGCUGCGCCCGCUGCUGCCACCCGCCCUGCACGGCGCCCUGCAGCAGUGGCUGGGGCCCGCGUGGCCCUGGCGCGCCAAGAUUGCCAUCGGCCUGCUGGAGUUCGUGGAGGAGCUGUUCCACGGCGCCUAUGGAACCUUCUACAUGUGCGAGACCACGCUAGCCAACGUGGGCUACACAGCCAAGUACGACUUCAGGAUGGCUGACCUGCAGCAGGUGGCGCCCGAGGCCACCGUGCGCCGCUUCCUGCGGGGCCGCCACUGCGAGCACAGCUCGGACUGCACCUACGGGCGCGACUGCAGGGCGCCCUGCGACACGCUCCUGCGGCAGUGCAAGGGCGACCUGGUGCAGCCCAACCUGGCCAAGGUGUGCGAGCUGCUGCAGGACUACCUGCUGCCCGGCGCCCCCGCCGGCCUGCGCGGCGCGCUGGGCAAGCAGCUGCGCACAUGCACCACGCUGAGCGGGCUGGCCAGCCAGGUGGAGGCGCACCAUUCGCUGGUGCUCAGCCACCUCAAGACCCUGCUCUGGAAGGAGAUCUCCAACACCAAGUACACCUGACGGCCAGCCGGGCGCUCCCGCCCUGCCCCGAGAACCACUCCUGCCCUUGGCCCUCUCCCCGCUUCCCCCACCGAAGGACGGGGCUGCUCCAGUGUCGACCCUAUGGGUCUCCAGAGCUCAGGCAGCCGUGGGGCAGGACACCCACCACCCCCAGGGUUUUCUAGGCGCCCAGACGCGACUGUGCAGCUGGAACGGGAGAGGCUGGGAGGAGCGGGAAGGACCUAGAGCCCGAGCACCGAGGGCUGGCCAAGGGACCUGCCUAGACCAAGGUUUUGUUACUUUGGAGAACAUGCGUGUAAAUAAAUGGAUUUUCCGUGA